AUGGCUAACAUCAUGCUCCUUAUGACUGCUAUUACAAUCCUCUUAGCCACCAGAAAAACUGAGGGUGCUCAAGUUCCUGCCAUGUUCGUGUUUGGUGAUUCAAUGGUAGAUCCUGGAAAUAACAAUGAUCUUUUAACCGUGGCAAAGGCUAAUUACUAUCCUAACGGUAUCGAUUUUGCGAUCGGAACCACAGGACGAUACUGCAAUGGAGGCACUGUGGUGGAUCAUUUAGGUAAGAUUCCACAUGAGCAUGCUAUUACAGCAUUGAUUAAGCUAGCUUCAAAGUUCAACAUGAAUGUCUCUGUUUCAUUGAGAUGUUUAUGGUUCACUUUUGGCAAUCUUUUAGGGCUUCCUUUGAUCCCUCCAUUCAACAGUCCUACCACCACUGGAUCCAACAUUCUUAGAGGAGUGAACUAUGGAUCUGCUGCCUCUGGAAUCCUUUGGGACACAGGAUUAAUAUAUGGAGAUGUCUUCACAUUGGAUGAACAAAUCCAAAACUUGAAGAUAACACUCCAACAACUGCACCUGCUUCUGGGGAAUGGGACUGCAGAUUUCCUAGCCAGAUCUCUCUUCUUCGUUGGCAUGGGAGCUAAUGACUACAUCAACAACUACUUGCAUCCUCUACCUCGGAAGUCCAGGACGUACACCCCGGUUGCCUUUACCCAGUUACUCAUACACGAGUACAGAAGGCAGCUUGAGGAUCUACAUGACUUGGGUGCAAGAAAAAUUCUCGUCGCUGGAGUUCCACCACUCGGUUGUACUCCAAACCAGAUAGGCGGCUCCAAUGACAGCAGAGGAGAGUGCAUCAGAUCGAGCAAUACACUGGCGGUGCAGUUCAAUUCCCAGGUUAAACUGUUGGUCCAUCAGCUGAACACAACACUUCCGGGAUCCUCUUUACUCUUCUGGGACACCUACAGCCUCAUCCACAACAUCAUUGACAAUUACUUACUCUAUGGUGAUCCUCUAUUACUCUACUUAUCCACUUCGUUUCUUCUUCUUCGUCCUGUGAGCUUUGCUUGCUGGCUCAGUGAUGAUUCAUGGGUGAUUGCAGGGUUCAAGUACCCGAACAAGGCUUGUUGUGGUGUAGGUCGAUCGAAGGGGCAAGUGAUGUGCCUGCCAUUGUUGCCUUUGGAGUGCCGUAAUCGAUCAGAGUACAUAUUUUGGGAUCCAUAUCAUGCUACCGACGCACUGAACGCCAUUGCAGCCAAAGAUGCAUACCAAGGAACCUUGCAUCUCACUUUUCCUAUCAAUGUGGAACAGCUUGUUCGGAGCUAAGCUGAAACUUACAGUUUCGAUCUUCUCCGACACCAAUAUAUUAUAUUAUAUUAUAUAUAUAAUAUAAUAUUGUCAAAAUAAAAGAAAAUCCAAUGCGUUGCUAUAUGAUCAUAAA